GCAGUUGUGUAUGUACGGGACACUUUUAACCAACCUUUAACAUUUGUCAGUCAGAAUUCUCAUUCUUUGCUUGGCUAAACACUAUUAGACCAGGCUUGUUCAGCUUCAUUCGGCUGCUCCUUUGCUUCAUGCAGCAGCCAAACAUGGAAAACUUGUCCUGGCUCUUUCUAGUUCUAAGCUUGUUAACAGCUGUAUUUAGUAAAUCAUCUGUAUUGAUUUCACAAUGCACUCUGCAGAAGGAUUUUUUAGAUUCACUGAAACCUCAAGAUUUAUUUUAUUAUUUUGAUACUAUUUCUACUAAAUCAGUGCCUCCCUUUGAGAUAGUGUGGGUGAACUGCUCAAGGAAUGAGUUUAUCAAAGGGCUGUGGAGGUGUUUGUUUCAGACCAAAGGAGAGAGCUUUGAGCUGGUCCAACACAGUGCUAAACAAGCAGUGUCCUGUCCCACAAGUCUAGAGAUGAUAAUAAAUUCAACGGUCAGCAUGGUGAAGAAAAGAGAGGAUAUGUGUUGCGAGCAGCUGAAGUUACUACGACCAACGCAUACAAGAACACUUCUCCCUGUCUGCUAUGGAAAAUUACAAGGUUUGAUUCAGUCAGGAGAAAUGAGGCUGUAUAUUCGCCCAGUGCUCGAACAGCACAUAGACAAUCUGAAGGACCUUACUAUGGAUUUACCUCCCGGUGUUCCUCAUUUGCUAAUAACUCAGACAUUACCAGUGAGGACACGUCUUAAACAGCCCAAGAGUCAGUUCAGGUUACGGAGGUCACCUCUGAGGUCAGAGGUCACAUAUCUGGAGCUAGCAGUGGUUGUUGGUCCUGAUGUCUACGAAGUUCAUCGGCAAGACACUGAGAGAUACAUCUUAACCAACCUCAACAUUGCCUCUGAGCUUUUGAGAGAUGUUACCCUCGGUGCCAAUAUAAGGGUUCACCUUGUCCGUAUGAUCAUUCUUACAGAGCCAGAGCCAGACAUCCAGAUCUCAGAAAACAUCACAUCAUCUUUAAAAAGUGUUUGCGAAUGGGGUCAGAAGGUCAAUCCUGAUGCUGACAGUGAUCCUUUACAUGCAGACCUACUGUUAUAUAUUACCAGGUUUGAUUUGGUGUUACCCAAUGGGAAUAAGCUUGUGAGAGGUGUAACUCAAUUUGGUGGAGUCUGUUCCACUCAAUGGAACUGUGUUAUUACGGAGGAUACAGGCUUUGAUCUUGGCAUCACUAUUGCUCAUGAGAUUGGCCACAGUUUUGGCAUAAAUCAUGAUGGAAUAGAUAACACAUGCAGUUCUAGUGGCUUCAUGAUGGCAUCUGAUGGAGGUUAUAACAGCGUGGAUCUCACCUGGUCCCAAUGCAGCAGGGCUCAGCUCUACAGCUUCUUCAGUGCUGGUAAGGCAGAGUGUGUUCAGGAUGUGCCAGUGUUGGGUGGUUCAGUGCAGGACUGGAGGCCUGGUCUUUUCUAUGGAGUGGACGAUCAGUGCCGUAUAGCAUUUGGCAGCUCAGCAACUGCUUGCUCUUUCACUAAUGAAGACAUGACAACUUGCCGUGUUCUGUCCUGCCAUAUCAACCCUCAGGAUCAUAGCUCAUGCACUCGUCUUCUUGUGCCACUCCUGGAUGGAACAGAGUGUGGGCCCAGUCAGUGGUGUUUAAAAGGUCGGUGUGUGUCCCCUUCUACUUCGGGCUCUUCCAUGAUGGUGCAUGGCUCAUGGUCUGCAUGGUCUGACUUCUCUCCUUGCUCACGAACAUGUGGAGGAGGAAUCACUCACCGCAGGAGGCAAUGCAACAACCCUAGGCCAGCCUUUGGUGGAACCAUCUGUAAAGGACAGGAUACAGAAGCUGAACUUUGUAAUCUUCAGCCUUGUGAUUCAACUCAGCUUGAGUUCAUGGCUCGGCAGUGCUCAGCCACAGACCAGCAGCCUCUGUCAGUAUCUACAGACUCUAAGUCAAUGUAUACCUGGAUCCCUGCUAUAAGCUACAGCUCAGGUGACUCUCAGUGUAAACUGAUGUGUCGUUCACGUGAGCAGGACUUCAUGGUGAGUCGUGGGUCUCAGUUCAUUGAUGGGACGCGGUGUGAAUCUGAUAAUACCAUACCACAUGGGUCAAUCUCUGCAUGUCUAAGUGGAAAAUGCCAGCUGUUUGGCUGUGAUGGAGUAUUGCAUUCUGGAAAGGUGGAAGAUGUGUGUGGGGUGUGUGGAGGCAAUGGCUCCACCUGUCACUUAAUUUCUAACACUUAUUCAGGUGGAAAGGCUGGAGAGUAUGUGACAUUCCUCACCCUUCCCCUGAAUGCCUCUCAGGUUCAUGUUUUCAACACACGGUCAAUUUUUACACAUCUUGCUGUGUUAUUGAAUGAUAAAUAUAUUGUUUCUGGAAAUGGAAAGCCAGGGCUAAGCAAUACAUACCCCUCACCUCUGGAAAAGAGCCUUAUAACCUAUAAACUAUACCUCACACCUGAACACCUACCUCAAACUGAAGAGCUCUAUAUUUCUGGACCAGUCACAGACAAAAUCCACAUACAGGUGUAUCGGAAAUAUGGACAAGAGUAUGGAGACCUCACCAAUCCAAAUAUCUCAUACCAGUACUACUCAGAUGAUGUUAUAGUGGAAAUAGCUUCAAAGGGCAAAUGGUCCACUACCAUAUCUGCCUGCUCAGUGACCUGUGGAAGAGGCAUCCAGAAAAUUUAUCAACACUGUGUGGAUGUGGUCACACUUGAACACCUGAAAGAUGAGCUCUGCAGUUCACUACCUCGGUCGUCUGACCUGCUGCAGCCCUGCUUCCUGCCAGAUUGCCCACCCAGAUGGCAGGUCUCUGAGCCUGGUGAGUGCUCCACUGUAUGUGGUCCCGGGGAGGCCCAAAGAAAAGUCUUCUGUGUCCGCUUCCAUAAUAAAUCUUAUUUGGAGGUUGACCAAAACCUGUGCUCUCAACCCAAACCCCCAGAAUACGUUCCCUGUGUGGUGGAUGUUUGCCCUCUCAAAUGGGACACUGAAAAUGAGACCCAGCUGAUCCAUAGAGCUUCUCAUGGAAUGGUUCGCUCCAAAAUUGUUCCAGUUUACGUUUGGAGUCCCAGGACAGGCGAGUGCUCCAAGACUUGUGGAAAUGGAUCUCAGCAGGUUCAGUUCUCUUGUGUUGAUCACAAAUCACGUCUGGAAGUCCCAGAGACCCUUUGUGAUCCAACCACCAAACCAGCACAGGACACUCAACCUUGUCGCAUAUCACUAUGCCUCCCUAUCUGGCGCUACAUACAGGGGCCAUGCAGUGUGUCUUGUGGAGGUGGAAUAGCAAAGAGAGUCCUGUUUUGUUCACAGAGGAUGGAGGAAAAUGAUGGAAACAAUGAUCUAGUGGUGGGAGAAACUGCUUGUGAUUCUGUGCCCAAACCUCCAGAGGUAGUGGAAUGUAAUACUGAAAAAUGUAAAGCCAGGUGGCAGGUGGGAGACCAGGGUGACUGUUCCGUAACUUGUGGGAUGGGUGUUGCUGUCAGGAGUGUGCAGUGUGUUCAGUAUGAGGGCGGUGUAGAAAGGGAUGUGGAGGAGGAAAAAUGUGAAUCAGGAACCAAGCCUCCUGUCACUGUACCAUGCUUCACACAAGUCUGUUCUUUCAACUGGGAUGUGCACGACUGGAGUAAGUGUUCAGUAUCAUGUGGUUAUGGGAUCCAGUCUCGGGCUGUGUCCUGCAUGGGCCCAUCGAGUCCAUUCCCUCUUAGUCCCUUUCUUUGCCUCCACUUGCCAAAACCUAUCACCAUCCAGGCCUGUUAUAGCCCUGACUGCCCCUCAGUCAAUACAUCUGAAUCAAAGCCCAACAGCACUUACAUCCAGUCAACUCUCCAAAGUAUUGAGGGGAUGUGGAAAAGUCCAAACAUGCAAACCACACUAGCUCCAGCAAUCAGACGUAUCAAGAUGAAGAAGAGUUUCCCAACCAUUGUUCCUACAGCAGACAUGAUGACGAGCACUAUGAGUGUGCCAACAGAAACACCACAGACCAGUAUCUGUGGGCAACUCCUGCUUCAAGACUCAGGAAAUAUUGAUCUCCACAAUGUCACUGAGAGGAGAUGCAUAUUUGCUAUUGGCCGACCUCUUGAUGAGGUUAUUCAAAUCAGAAUUAUUUCCAGUACCCUUAACUGCCAGCAAAAGGAGAAUAUAGCCCUGUAUGACAGACUUGUCCUUAUGCGUCUUUGUGAGAGGAUGACUGGUAAAAUGGUCAAAUCACGAACAAAUGUUCUUUUGGUACGCCAAAACCGUCUCACCUCUGGCAAUGGAGUGGUACUAUUUUAUCAAAGUGUAAAGACGAAUAAAGGCUACAAUAGAGUGUGUGAUGUUCAACUGUUUGCUCCUUCCGGACUUAUUGAGAAUCCGAUCAAGAGUCCAGCCACUUACCCCUCUAACACCCAGAGCUGUCGUGUGUUCAUUGAUGCUCCUCCUGCUUUGAGAGUUCAAAUCAGAGCACUUUCUGUUCUCAACAAUACAGACACAAACUCAACAUACAUAUUGAUUCGAGAUGUGGAUGCUUUAAAGACAACCAUAUUUAGAGGAACACAGCUCUUCCUGUGGAGAUCUUCAGGAAGCAGGGCUGAAGUGGAAUUUCAUGGGGAGUAUCAGCAAAUCAAAGGAAUGUUUAGAGCAGAGUAUUUGCAUAUUAACCCUUCUGAAGAAUAACUAGCGUACUUUGUAUGCAUGCUAGUUCAACACGAAUUUGAAAUUUAAAAAUAAGUAUAGUAGUUUAACUAGUUUAGCAUAAAAGAAUCUGAGGAGAAGCAGUCUGAAAUGGUCUGUUGUUCUGUCAUAUAAUUGAUAAACAAAAAAUCAUACCAAUUGCUUUUCUAUAUUUAUUGUUAUGUGUUUUUCACCUUUCUAAAUUGACAAUCAUAUGUGCCAUGUCUUCUUCUAAUUUAACACCACAACGAAAUAAAUACAAAUCAUGAAGAGUGU